AUGAUUUGUCGCCAUGGUAUUUGUAAAAUACCGCAAGACGACUCGUCCCCUUGGUCCUCCUUUGACGACGGGAAGGUCGGCAGGCACACCUUUCGGCUGGUGGACACGCCGGGGUUCGGACCCGGAUGUCGUGACCUGGAUGCAGUGACCGUGGGCCCCCACCAGGGGGAGCCGAGCAAACCGGCAGCAAGCGGCGCCAGCUAUGAUGACGCCAUGCAGUUCCUGAAGAAGAAGAGGUACCUACAGCCCGGUGCUCCCGGCUCUGGUCAGGACUGCGCACUGAACGUGGCGAUCGGUCAACAGGCAUCUGCUGGAGCAGGCAUCAGCAGCCGUGGCCCAACCACCUGCGUUUCAGCUUCUCAGACCACAAAGACUGAGAUCAAGUCUAUCCAGGACAAACAUAUCCUGUCCGACGAGGUCCUACAGACCCUCCUAGACCACUACUCCAACAAGGCCAAUGGGCAGCCAGAGGUCUCCUUUGGUGUGGCUGGCACCGUGUCAGUCAGUUCGGCUCAUGCGCGCUUGGACAGCCAUGUUAAGGCCCUGGGGACCAAUUCCCACGCGCCCCCUAGUGGCAAUGCCACCAUGUUGCAGGAGUAUUCCAAGUUUCUCCAGCAGGCUCUGGAAAGGACUAGCCAGAAUGACAAUUAUUUGAAUUCGCACGGUCUUCCCUCUGUUGCCAAAGGCCAGUCGCGUUCGAACCCGCCGGAAUUCUCUGCCCCGGAUAUGCAUCACGCCUCCUCUGGCCGUGCGCCCUCCGGCAUGCACUCGUCCCUGAGGUCGUCCUCGGAGAAAGCGUGCUUCGGACUCCUCGACGGCGACUCCGGGUGUUCGUUCUCGUUUUCGGGCGAAGAAACGGACCCGUCUUCUGUCUCCUCAACCGAGGACUUCCUCGAACGGGUAGCCCCUCGAAGAAGGUGCGACAGUCCGGAGAUCGGCCCGCCUUUUCCGAUGGCCGCCUUCGAGCAGAACAUUCAUUCUCAGUUCUCCGGCUGUGGAUCCGGGCUGUCCUCCCUGUUUAGCGUUUCCAGUGGGGCCGUGGAUCUGCACGGACACGAGGGUGGCACAGAUCUCCCAGGGUACCCUCUAGCCGAUGUGGCCGAUGGCAGAACUCGACCAACCUCAUCUCUGGAUUCUACGGACAGCCAAAUCUAUACUUGAAUUCAUUUAUUAUAUACUUGGAUCAUUUCAUAGCCUCGAUUAUGUCUCGAUUAUUAUUAUCAAAUUAUCGCCAUUGGCUUUUAACAAGGUAGGUAACUGGCUGUGUGAGUUUUGAAAUUCAAGCGAUGUUAAUAGCUGGACCGGUCUUUUGAGACGGUAUGUUAUGGAUAUAUCCAGCCUGAGCUAUUUAGCAAAUGUAUUGCAAAACCAUAACGGUUAUGUUGCACAAAUGACAGUAUUCAUUAAUUUCAUUGAAAAAAUUGAAGUGUGUGCCGUCUACUGCCUUAGGACAUUGCAAAUGUCAACUGACAUUUUCUUAGGUCUUUUCUGUUGAUUUAGUUACAUUUAUUGCAGUUUCAGUUCAUAGAUGGUCAUUUAUAAUAUAUUUUAAUAAUGUAAAACCUAUGAGAUCGAUUAUAAGAAGUCAAUAUCGUGUUAUGUAUCAUACAGAUUAAAUAUGGUAUUCCCUCUAAUAUUGUGAUUUAGAUUUGUUUCACAGAUUUAUCAUAUUAUGUGCAUAAACAAAUUGUGAUGUAAGUACGUUAUGGUGUAAACGAUCAAAUGUACACCUCUGUUGUCAACACAAACAAGUACGCCUUUAUUUCGACAUUGCCAUCACUGGAUAUGAGUUAUUCGCCAAUUUGAGGAAACAAAGCAAGUUAAAGGUGCAAUCGGUACGAUUUUUGUGUUAAAUCAUUGUUACAAGACCAUUGUAAAUCCCUUCCUAUCAUUGAAAAAGGCUCAUUGACAUGUUGACUCACACUGCCUGUGUUUAUGCAGACCGACACCAAAACAUUGUAUAACUGCAAUAAUUAAAGCUCAUUGGUUUAAAA